AUGAGUGCAAAUUCUCAUCCAGGAAUCUUGAUUGAGAGGCUCACAUCUCUGUACAGGUACAGAAUGAGCACAUGUUGUUGGUGUACGCCACGUGGCGUUUGCACCAUUCACUUCCUACAGCGUUAUGCAUCCAGGACCCUGCCCAGUGAAUUCCACACAGCAGAUGAAGACCUCUGCUACUGCUUCGAGUGUGUGACUGAGUACCACAGAGUAAGGGACCGGCUGCCAUUCUUGCAUGAGGUUUUAUGGGAAUUAGAAACCUUCCGUCUCAUAAAUCACUUUGAAAGAUCCAUGAGGGCAGAAAUUGAAGAUGAUGAUGAUGAAUUGUAUAUAGUGGACAACAGUGGAGAGGCACGACAUUUUGACUUCACUGGCCAGGACUUUGAAAAUAAACUUCGUGUUCCUAUUCUUGAAAUCCUGAAAUAUCCUUAUCUGCUUUUACAUGAGCGUGUUAAUGAGUUAUGUGUUGAAGCACUCUGUCGGAUGGAACAAGCGAAUUGCUCCUUUCCGGUUUUUGAGAAACAUCCAGGGAUCUAUUUGUUUUUGGUCCAUCCCAAUGAAAUGGUUCGGCGUUGGGCUAUACUGACUGCAAAAAGCUUGGGAAAAGUGGAAAGAGAUGAUUAUUAUGAUUUACAGGAGGUUUUGACUUGCCUUUUUAAAGUCAUUGAGUUGGGGCUUUUAGAAAAUCCAGACAUUUAUACUUCUUCUGUCAUUGAGAAGGGUAAACUGAUCAUCCUACCCUCACAUAUGUAUGACACUUCCAACUACAAAAACUAUUGGUUAGGUAUCUGCAUGCUUCUGACCGUUGUUGAAGAGCAAGCCAUGGAGUCACUGUUGUUGGGCUCAGACAGACAGAAUGAUUUCAUGCAGUCAAUACUUCACACCAUGGAGAGACAGUCAGAGGAUGAUAGUGAAGAUCCUUUCUGGCCAGCACUGCACUGUUUCAUGGUCAUUCUGGAUUGCCUGGGAUCUAAGGUCUGGGGCCAACUUAUUGAUCCUAUUGAGGCCUUUCAGACCAUUAUCAACAAUGUGAGCUAUAAUAGAGAGAUCCAGAAUAUACGGAACAGCUCUGUGAGGGCCAGGCCAGAACUGGAGUCUUGUCUGCAUAAUAUGGGGACUUGCAGCCAGAUUGUGUACAGUUAUAACCCUGAAAAGAACAAAAAGGAUUCAGGGUGGAGAUCCGCCAUUUGCCCAGAUUAUUGUCCUAACAUGUAUGAAGAAAUGGAAACACUAGCCAGUGUUCUUCAGUCAGAUAUUGGUCAAGACAUGCGUGUUCACAACAGCACAUUUCUGUGGUUUAUCCCUUUUGUUCAGUCCCUCAUGGAUCUUAAGGAUUUGGGUGUGGCUUAUAUAGUAGAGGUCAUUCACCAUCUGUACUCCCAAGUCAAAGAUGUUCUUAGCCAAACAGCUGUGGUGUGUGACAAAGUCACUGAGUUUUUUUUCCUCAUUUUGGUGUCAGUUGUUGAACUGCAUAGAAGUAAAAAAUGUUUGCAUUUGUUGUGGGUUAGCUCCCAGCAGUGGGUAGAAGCCAUUGUGAAAUGUGCCAAGCUUCCUACCACUGCAUUUGCACGGAGUUCUGAGAUGUCAUCUGGCAGUGGCUGCAGAGGAGCACCAAUGGUAACGUCUCUGUCACUGCAUUCAAUGCCAUCUAACUCUGUACAACUUGCUUGUGUGCAGCUGAUUAGAAGUCUCCUUAAAGAAGGUUAUCAGGUUGGGCAGCAGACUCUUUGUAAGCAGUUCUGGGAUAAGCUCAAUUUAUUCCUGCGAGGAAAUUUAUCUCUAGGUUGGCAGUUGACUAGUCAGGAAACCCACGAGUUGCAAAUUUGUUUAAAGCAAAUUAUUAGAAACAUAAGAGUCAAAGUGCCUCAAUGUACUGCAUUGGCGGAGCCAGCCCCUCCAUGUAAAAUCCCUCCUUCCUCUUACAGUAAAGAGGUCAGUGCACACAAAGGGAAGGCAUGUGAAAAAGAUGUGCACUGUCUGGAAAGAUGCAGCCCAACAUUUUCUAAAGAGCCAGUGAAAGCUAAUGUGUAUCAAGUGCAAGAGAGCAAUAUGUUAAGGAAAGCAAGUAAUACUGUAGAAGAAGGUAAUGAGCAAAAUUAUAUAAAAGAUUUGAAACUAGAUGACCAUCUCUCAGCUGGGUCAUACCUAAUGCAUAGUCGUAACAACCUUACCACUGAAAGAGCCCAAGAUCGAGUUAAAAUACACACAAGGAAGCAGAAGUCUGUAAAAGAUAAUUCCUCAUGUAUACCACAGAAAUGUACUUCAAGAAAUGAUGCAGAAAGUGGAUCUGACAGAGGAGUAAUUAUGUCAACACAUUUGUUGACUGAUUGUAACACUGAUUCUCUGGACACAGUGUCCACAUCAAAAGAGGACUUCUCUCUAAAGUAUGAUGUUCUUGGCAAGACCGCAAAAGCAAAUACUAAGGCACAGAAAAGUGAAAUCUGCGCCGAGUUAUCCUGUGUGAUAAAGAAGCAACAAAGGAAAAGUACCUUGGUCAAUAAUACUAUGGACUUAGAAGGAGACCUGACUGUCUCCAACACUGAAAAUUUCUGUUUAAGGACAGAAACCACAGGUCAGAAAAGGGAUAGCUUCAUAUACAUCCCCUCUUUAGAUGCUGAUGAUAGUCUGGAUAAUAAAAGUGGAGGACAAAAAUCUCGUAACAAUUCAUUGCUGAAAAAGAAACAAUUGAAGAACAAAGAGUUAACUGUUCUUUCUUCCAGUAGCAGUGAUUGUCAAAUACAGGAAUGUCAGGUUGAUAAAGAUUUGGUAUCAUAUACAGAUAUUAUCAAUACUUUCAUGCAUAGAACAACUCCUUUUAAAGAUCCUGUGACUUUACUUGGUUCAAGAGAUAAGGGAAUUAGCAAGAGCACAGAUCAGGUUUUUUCUGACCUUAGAGAACAGGACCCUAGCAUCAGUCUUCAGUGUGACACCUUAACAGAUUCUCAGGUAGAUAGAGACCUCCACAAAUUAUCUUUAAUAGUUCAAGCCAAUGUCAUUAAGUUUCCUUCAGAUUCAUCUCAUAAAAGCUCAUCCCAGCUACAGAGAAAAUUAAAAGAUAAAAGAAGUUUCAGAGCCAACCAAAAUGUCAGGGAAACCUGCCAUGGACAGAUUAUUUCAGAUUCAGAUGAUGAUGGUGAUGAACAGAUUUUGGAUUUUGAGAACCACAUGAAACAAAAUAAAAUGUGCAUUGAGAAAGAAUUUCCAGGGCACUGUACUUCAGUAACUAAUAAGAAUGUGGACAAGAAGCUAACAAAGAAAGAAAAGACAGAUUCCCGCAUGCAGUUUGAGGACUCUGAUUCUCAGGUUUUUGUGUUUGAAAGCCAACCGAAAGCUUUUUCAGUUUGGCAAAAUCAGAAACCAGACAACAGGAAUUCAGUUCAAGGGGAUGAAGAAAAUUCCUGUUUGACUGAUAUAGUUGAUACCACAAAUGAUUGGGGUUAUGAUACAGACUAUCUUAUGUUGGAAGAAGUUACCAGUGAAGGAUCAGAGGGUACUGAGUUUUCAGAAAGUAGUACUGUUGAGGAAUUGUGUGAAAUUCAAGUAAAACCCAAUAGAAAACAAGUUAAUAAACUGAUGGCUGAAGAAUCUUCAAUGUCUUCAUCUUCUAUUAGAAAUGAGGACCAAUUUGAUACUCUUAAUGAGAGAUACCUAACUGAAAAUGAUUUAAAAAUUAUAGACAUAAGGACAUCUCCUGAUUCAAGUGUUGAGAGAGCCCCUUCAGUUUCCCUGAAGAAGUCGUCUCCAAAGCGUACUUAUUCCAAACCUAUUAGGAGUGUCUCAGUAUCUGAAUUGCCUAAGAAAACACAUUCAGAUACUAAAAAAGGGCAGAAUAAAAGUUCAAAUUAUAUAAGUUGUAGGACAGCUCCUGCUAUAGUGCCACCAAAAAAAUUUCACCAGUGUCCUGAACCAGCUUCAAUGGCUGAGAAACUUGGCCUGAAAAAGGCUCCUCGUAGGGCAUUUGAGUUGUCUCAGCAAUCUUUAGAUAUUAUAGGCCAGUUACGUGACCAUGGAAGAACUGUUGGAGUAAUUGAUAGCCAAAUAAAGACUAAACCAAUUUCUCCUCAGACUCUUCCUGUGAAAGAUAAACUGCUUCUAAGUCAAGAUCUUCAGUUUCAAAGGCAGAUGAAACCCAAAUCUUGGCAGAACAGACAGGGACUUGAUGAAAGUGUGGACACUACAAGAGCAGAACCACGUGCAGCCUGGAAUUCUGACAUAGUUACAGCAGAGUUAGAUACGUCAGAUGACAGUGACAAUGAAGGAGCUGAGGUAAAGGCUCACAGCAGUAGAAAUCAGUCAGCAAAGUGUGUGCCUCCUGAAAGAGAACUUGAGAUAGCAAAAUACGCUUCUCCGUUGGCUGGCAAUAGUGGUCUUCUGAACCUGAGUAAUUCCCCAGUGUUAAUGGUCUCUACUUCAGAGGACCUUCUCAGUGGAGGCAGCCUGACUGAACAACAUUUAGAGGUGGCAGCUUUGAAAAAGGGACAGCCUGACUCCGACAGUGAUAUGGAGGGAGAUGAUAUAUUUUUAACACAACAUGAUCCAGAAGAUAGGGGCUUAGUUUCAGAAAAACAUAAAGAUAAUGAUAGACUCAUUGAAGUAGUCCAUUGGAAAGACAGAGUUCAGGCAGAGGAAGAUUCUGUAUAUCGGCCUCAAUUGGAAUCUUUGAGGAGUGCAAGGUGCAAGUACAAAGAUUGUAUUGAGGCUGUGAAAAAUGAUGGCCACUACUGCUCAAAACACUCUGAAGCUAAAGCAGCUGAUGAAGAUGUCUUCCGUAAACCUGCCUUGCCUCUUUCUGCAUCUAAACAUUUGAGACCUUCUACUACGAAGAUUUUUAGCUCGAGCAGUACUUCACGAAUUGCUCAUCUUUUUAAGUCUUUGGAAAGUGCCUCAGCACUUCCAAGCCUAAAAAAUAAGUCUGUUUCGAAAGUACCACAGCCAGCCUCUUUGGUGUCUCCAAAACCAAUGGGAGAAGUGGAGAGUUUGUAUAGUGUUCUUCAUUCUCCAACUCCGGGUAACUCCAGCAGGCAAGGGUUGAGACUCCCAUUUGCUGAAAGUAAAGCUUUUUCAUCUUCUCCCGUCAACAUUAUUUUGUCAUCACAGUUCAUCUUUGAAACCUUCGUCAAAGAGGUCUUGAAAUGGAAGUAUGAGAUGUUUGUGAAGUUUGACCAGUGUGGGCCCCCACCAAGUCUUUAUCAGAACAUCUCAAGACCCAUGCCUGUCAGAUUUCAAGACUGUGGAGAGUACUUCAAUGUAUUUUUCCCUUUGGUGAUGCUGAGGACUUUUGAAACAGUAGCACAGGAAUGGAUCAACUCUCCAAAUAAAGGAAAAUUCUAUGCAUUGCAGUUACGAAAAUUCCCUGCAGAAUAUAAAAAAUACUGGGAGUUUGUGGUUUUUCUUGAGGAAUGUGAACUACCUAAACAGCUUCAUCCAAAGGAGAAUGAUUUGGUGUUUUUGGUUCCUGAGAAAAUGAAUGGAGAGAAGAGAGAUAUAGAAGGGAAUGCUAUCCAAGCUCCCCAUGAAUAUCACUGUGCUUAUGUCCAUAAGUUUUGCCGCACCUCAGUCAUGCGUAAUGGGAAAUAUGAGUGUUCCCUUUCCAUUCAGACUCAAGGAAAUUUGCCAGUCAACUUAAAUGAAAUGGUGAAAUGUGUUGUAAUCAGUUCUCUAGUAACUACACAAAGGACUUUGAAAGCCAUGUCUUUAUUGAGUAGUCGAAACCAGCUGGCCAGAGCUAUUCUGAAUCCAAACCCCAUGGACUUCUGUACAAAAGAUCUUCUGACUACAACAUCUGAGAAAAUUACUUCCUACUUAAGAGAUUUCAACGAAGACCAGAAGAAAGCGAUAGAAACUGCGUAUGCCAUGGUGAAACACUCCCCAGCAGUUGCCAAGAUCUGUCUGAUUCAUGGGCCACCUGGAACAGGGAAAUCAAAAACCAUUGUUGGCCUCCUGUACCGCCUGCUGACUGAGAGGAGGGGGCUCUUCAAUGAAAACGCCAAUGCCAAGAUCAAGCAGAACCGCGUGCUUGUGUGUGCACCUUCCAACUCAGCUGUGGAUGAGCUGAUGAAAAAAAUCAUCAUUGAAUUUAAAGAAAAGUGUAAAGACAAGAAGAAUCCUUUGGGAAACUGUGGAGAUAUCAAUUUAGUACGUCUGGGUCCAGAAAAGUCUAUUAAUAAUGAGGUCCUAAAAUUCAGUUUGGAUAACCAAGUUAACCACAGAAUGAAAAAAGACUUACCUUCUUAUGUUCAGGAGAUGCAUAGAAGAAAGGAAUAUCUAGACCAUCAACUAGAUGAACUUUCCCGCCAGCGUGCUUUAUGCCGAGGUGGGAGGGAAAUACAGAGGCAAGAAUUAGAUAAGAAAAUUGCCCAAGUUUCAAAAGAAAGGCAGGAACUUGCUUCUAUAAUUAAAGAGGUUCAAGGACGCCCACAGAAGACCCAGAGCAUCAUCAUCUUGGAGUCCCACAUAAUCUGCUGCACCCUGAGCACCAGUGGCGGUUUGCUGCUGGAGUCUGCUUUCCGGGGGCAAGGAGGUGUCCCCUUCAGUUGUGUCAUUAUUGACGAGGCUGGGCAGGCUUGUGAGGUUGACACCCUGACUCCCCUUAUCCACCGCUGCAACAAGCUCAUCCUUGUAGGGGACCCGAAGCAGCUCCCUCCCACAACCAUCUCCUUGGAGCCCUAUCAGAGACCGGAGACUAGAAAGACCCUACUCCAUGUGCAGUGGGGUUUUUUCUUUAGGAUAGGCAGUGCACAGGAGUAUGGCUAUGAGCAGUCGAUGAUGGCCCGCUUCUGCAAACUGCUGGAGGAGAAUGUGGAGCAGAACGUGAGCAGCAGGCUGCCUGUGUUGCAGCUGACUGUCCAGUAUAGGAUGCACCCCGACAUCUGUCUCUUCCCUUCCAAUUACAUUUACAACAAGAGCCUGAAGAACAACAGAGGGACUGAGACCACUCGGUGUUCAUCAGACUGGCCAUUUCAGCCCUACCUCGUGUUUGAUGUCAGGGACGGCUCAGAAAGACGGGAUAAUGACUCAUAUGUAAAUGUUCAAGAAGUAAAAGUGGCCAUAGAAUUGAUUAAACUUCUUAAGGACAUAAGAAGAGACAUUACUUUCCGAAACACUGGCAUAAUAACCUAUUACAAGGCUCAGAAGAUGAUGAUUCAGAAGGCAUUGGACAAAGAAUUUGGAGGAAAAAGGCCAGCAGAAGUGGAUACUGUGGAUGCAUUUCAGGGUCGUCAGAAAGACUGUAUUAUUGUCACAUGUGUCAGAGCAAAUGCCAUGAAAGGCUCAGUCGGAUCUCUGGCGAGUUUGCAGAGUUUGAACAUCACCAUUACACGAGCCAAAUACAGCCUCUUCAUCCUUGGACAUCUGAGGACCCUAGUGGACAAUCAGCAUUGGAACCACCUGAUUCAGGAUGCACAGAGGCGUGGUGCCAUCAUUAAAACCUGCGACAAUAACUAUAAACACGAAGCCAGGAAGAUCCUGAAGCUCAAGCCCAUACUGCAGCGAAGCCUGACCCACCCCCCUGCUGCUGCUGCUGCUGCUGCUGCUGCUGCUGCUGCUGCUGCUUCAGAGGGCUCUAGCCCCCAGGGUGGCUUGCCCAGCAGCAGGCUGGACAGUGAACUGGUCAGGAUGUUGCUUGCUGCUUCCCUUUAUCACAGACCCUCAGAUUCUAAGGAAGCUGCUGGUACAAAGGACCAGCUUCCUGUUAAGGACCAACUUCGGGACCCACGACUGCUCAGGAGGAUGGGCAUGAGCCAUGAAGCCAAAGGGAACUGCCUAAGGGAUCCAGAGCUCUGGAGACCCUGUCAUGCUGGAGCAACCCCUCCCUCAAGAGAGCACAGCUUCCCUGUAAAUCCUCAGGCUCUAAGUGGCACUGUGGAGCUGUCCAGGGCCGCAGGGAGCAGCCACAGACCUCGUGUGUCCUGUGAACCUCCUGCUGCCAGUUCUGACUCCACAAAUAAAAGGACCUGUGACCAGGAAGGGGAGCACAGCCACCAGAGAAAAACCAGGGUGUUCAGUGACAGGAACCAGGAGAUGCUUAGCUGUGUGAGCCUUCACACCAAGAGGACCUAUGGCUGGGACAACAGGAGACCAGAGGAGGAAGACAGCAGUGCAAAGAGAAGAAAGCGAUACUAA